GAAUGCGGAUUUCGAAGCUAGUAAGAAUAGCUAGCCAGUAAGCUAAAAACAAGCUUCGUGUUGUUAGGCUUCAAACGGGUAAAAUGUCUAAAACGCACUCUCAGCCCCCGCCAUCUUCGGCAGCGACGACCACCGGGGGACCCUCCUCGUCCUCUUCGUCUUCGCCCGCAGGGGGCUCGACAUCUCCCGCAACCGUGUUGAACGUGCAGCCCGAGAAACCUCAACAUUACACAUAUCUGAAGGAGUUCAGAACUGAGCAGUGCCCCCUGUUCGUACAGCAUAAAUGUACACAACACAGGCCUUUUUCCUGUUUCCACUGGCACUUCCUGAACCAGCGGCGCCGCAGACCCAUCCGCAGACGGGACGGGACCUUUAACUACAGUCCAGAUGUUUACUGUACCAAAUAUGAUGAGGGAACAGGCACCUGCCCUGAUGGAGAUGAAUGCCCUUUUCUACAUAGAACAGCAGGUGACACAGAACGGAGAUACCACCUCCGCUACUAUAAGACGGGAUCAUGUAUACAUGAAACAGAUGCAAAAGGCCACUGCAGCAAAAACGGCUCCCACUGUGCCUUCGCACACGGAUCACAUGACCUGCGCAGCCCUGUUUAUGAUAUCAGAGAAGUGCAGGUAAUGGAGUCUCAGGGAGGCUCUGGGCCCACAGAGGGAGGUGGAGGAGAUGGACAGUCGGGUCAGGCAGCUAGUACAGCCCUCAUAGAGAAGAUCCUGAGUGAGGAACCACGCUGGCAAGAUAACAAUUAUGUGCUGUCCCACUACAAGACAGAACUCUGCAAGAAACCACCCCGUCUGUGCCGUCAAGGUUAUGCCUGUCCGUACUACCACAACAGCAAAGACAGGAGACGCAGCCCGCACAAGCACAAAUACAGAGCGUUGCCAUGUCCAGCUGUGAAACAGAGCGAGGAAUGGGGGGAUCCCAGUAAAUGUGAGGGAGCAGAGGGAUGUCAGUAUUGCCACACGAGGACAGAACAGCAGUUUCACCCAGAGAUCUAUAAAUCCACUAAGUGUAAUGACAUGCAGCAGUGUGGCAGCUGUCCCAGAGGGCCCUUCUGUGCCUUUGCUCAUGUUGAAAGGCCCUUUGUUCCAGACGACCCACCGUUCCCCACACCCAGCUCCCCUCCACCCCCCAGACCUCCAGACCCUCUUCCUGCCCAGGAAGCCUCUUCAAGUCCCAGCAGACACAACAUGGGCUCUGGCCCUUCUUCUAGUUCUGUUUCAGACCCCUUCUCCCCACCUGCAGGGUCGUGUGUAGCGGAGCAGGGACUGCUGGGUAAUGUUUUGUCUCUGUGUGAGGACAUGAGUGGAAGAACAGAGCCUCUGUCUCCUUGGGCAGGAGAGGGAGGGUACGGCAGAGCACCGGGAUUUGAGAGGGAGGAUCAGGCAAAGCAAAGGAGUUUUGCUCUUGAGCAGCGCAACAGAGAAUUGGCAACAGUACAAAGCAAACAGGACUUGUUAGUGUUUCUGCCUGUGGGAAGCCCUUUGAGUUUGUCCUCCAGCAUCCCCUCCAGUCUGGCUGCCACGCCGCCCAGUCCCGCCCCUCUCGGACCCCCAGGAUCCAGCAUCUCCUCAGGCAUGAACGCUAACGCCCUGCCCUUUUACCCCACCAGUGAGACUGUGGAGUCAGUUGUCGAGUCAGCCUUGGAUGAUCUCGACCUGAAUGAUUUUGGUGUGUCGGCGUUGGAGAGGAGCUUGGAGAGCAGCUCAGCUCUGCCCAAUGUGGGAGUUAUGCUGGGAGGUAGCCAGUUUCAGAGUUCUGCCCCCGUCAAUAUCCCAGGAUCCUUUAGCAGCUCUGCACCUUUUAGCUCCCCGUCACCAUCUCCCCCAAUCAGGCCGCACACCUCACCAUUUUUUUCUACUCACCUGUCACAACCUGGCCAAUCAGAAAGCACUUUCUUGGGACCAUCUCAUAGCUCUUUAGGUCUGAAUGGUAUGAGCACUAAUAUCUGGGAGCAUUUUCCAUCAGGCCAGGGCUCCCCUGGUACACCCCCCACCCUCCUGCCCUCUGGCCCCUGUGCAGAGACUUCCAGGCUCAAACAGGAGCUGGAGGAAGCUCACAGGGCACUGAAGCAGUGGGGUCACAGCUGGAGACACACAGCUCAGUCGUGGGCUGCGCUGAAGGCAGAUGCAGAGGAGUCACGUGCCCAUGCAGCACGGUUAGCCAUGGAAGCAGAGAGAGCCAGGCAAGCGGAGGAGGAGGCACAGAGACAGGCUUCUCUCCUGCAGGAGGCGCUAGAGAGCUUAAGGAGUGGAGAAAACCCCCAUCUAGCACUGCAUCAACUCCAGUUACUACACAGACUGCCUUUGGAGUCAGUCCUCAGUUUGCAGGCUCAACUCUGUAGCUGCUUACACGCUGUGGAACAGGUGGUAUACAGGAAACAAAGACAGUGCUGUGUGACGUGUGGAGAACAGGGCUCAGUGUCCCUGCCCUGUGGCCAUGGACUACAGUGUGAGAGCUGCUCCACCUCUACAGAGUGCCCGCUCUGCCCUGAACAGACCCUGGAGCAGCAGCUCUCUUGACCCCACAAACCCAAUCGGACCACAACAGACCACCACAGAUUCCAGACCAGUCAGUCCUGAUUCCACAGAUACCAGCCUUGGAUCUCAACCGCCAUCCAGAAUUACGUCGAGGUCAUUUUAUAACGUGUUAACAACACAAGCGCCGGUCUGGUUUUGUAUUUUUAAGAUGACGUUUACUGAUGAAUGACCAGCACAGGUCACUAAGUGAAAGCUCUAAAUGUGGAAUUUAGGAUUAACAAUUUUUCUAGUGGUUACCCAUGGAACACCAGUACUUUUUACUAGUUAAUGCUCUUGACCAGCAACACUGUUCUAUACCCCUGUUCUUGAUUUGUGAAGAUAACCUUUUAAAGACCUGCUGUUAUUUCUUCUCUUACCGUAACUAUGAAGCAUUUACAUUUAUAGCUGAAAAUCAUAUUUUCACAUGUUUUUAAAGCAUAAGCCCACCCUAAAGAGUGUCAUCUAUCCAUCUGGACAGCCUCAGUGUGAUUUGCAGAAGUUUCAAGAUGUUCACUGUCACCUUUGUACAACAGAGGUUAAUCGCACUCAAAGCUCCAAAACAUUUCAUAUGAAACUUAAACCAUUAGGUCUCUUUCCAGAAAUCAGGACAGUUACAGUUACUACAGUAACUAAGAGGUAUUUCUACUAAGACAAGCCCACUAACUGUAUAUGUCAUAUAGAACAAAGUAGAGCAUUACUCAUGGAUGAGAUGCAUAUGUGCACAUAUGUGAAGGUUAAACUACAGUGGUCUUUUUCCCCAGAGGUAUUACUAAUGCCUCUUUUCCACCAACAUGGAAAAGGUUCUGUUUGAGCAUUUGGACCAAAAACAAAUUGGUGCGGAAACCGAAAAGUUGGCUCACAGCUGAAAGCAAAAAAUCGCAGGUUUUUCUUAACCUGAAAUGCUAGCUGUGAUGAUCAGUGGGUGUGACAUAUUGUACACUGGGGGGGGGGGUCUUAGUAAUAGUUGGCACAUGCUUGUAUUUUUGUAUUAAAUCAAAUAUCUGUGAUACCACAACAAAAGCUUGCAUGUAGUCAAUGCAAUCUACCACUUUGCUUUUACCCUUUACUUCCACUGUGUGUUGUGCAUUGCCCUCUAUUGUUGACACAUCCUUGAUUACAACACUUUGGCUCAGAAGUGGUGGAAAAGCACCAGAAUAGAAUCCAGAAUAGAACCAGUUCAAGAACCAGAGCUAACAUUUUGGAAAAGGGGUAUAGGUAAUGCUUGAUGGCCAGGUAGUGUCACUCUGGUUCACUCUGCUGUGUGCUCACAUCCAAUUCAAGCUAUCAUAACUAACUGUGUAAUUUCUGAAAAGAGGCACAUUUCGUUGUGUUGUGUGACAGCAAAGAUCUCAAAACCUUCCAGAUGGAUGGAUGACACGGCAGGUUAGCAGUUAGCAGGGCUGUGAGCUUUCUUCAAUAUAAUCAACAGGUCUGACUGAAAACACUUAAAGGGCAUAUUAAGCAUCAUCCAGACUAUGAUCCUACAUUGCUUCAGCCAAAAGGGGGCCGAUAUACCAGUCUGCUGGUAGCACUUGUCUAAAUUAUAUUGAAUUUCUUGUUUAAUUUAGAUUUUUUUUUUCAUGGUCAAUUACUGAAUAAUAAAUGAAAAUAUUUAAAAAUGUAGAAAUAUUU